AUGUCGCUCGUACCAUAUCUUCCCGCAGAGUCCCGGGAAAUCGUAUUACGUCACGGCUCCGCUGUGGUCGUCUACGAUCAGCUAUCCAAGCAGCUAUCCUUGCGAGAUGGAUCCCACACCAACGCCGUCGAGCUAUCCGAUUGCCCUUACUGCCAUCGACCGCUCCGAGACACGUCCCCAGAACCAGACAAUGCAGAGCAGGCGGGGAGUCCGGGCGCCGACACGGCGGGGUUCGUCAGCCCAGAAUACUUUCGGAUGCUCCACCAUAGCAGGCCCGGUUCUGCAGAGCCUUCGCGGCCGCCGUCGCCUCAUAGACGUAUAACGCAACUCGAUACAGGAUCCUCGGCUCAUACGCUACGGCCGCCGCCUGGUGCUCAGUUUGUGGGCAGUUCGCCAGCGUCCCCUCCGGCACCUCAUGGCAUAUCGUCUAGUGCGUUCAGUCCGAACUACUUCAAGACGUUCUUUGUCGAGGAGAAGGUGCUGGGCAAGGGCGGCAAAGGAGUUGUGCUGCUAGUCAGACACGUUCUGGAUGGAGUGUCGCUGGGCCAUUUCGCUUGUAAACGCGUACCCGUUGGGGAUGACCACGAGUGGCUUGAGAAAGUCUUGAUAGAGGUCCAGCUACUUCAGAAUCUGUCUCAUCAAAACUUGGUGUCGUAUAGGCAUGUGUGGCUGGAAGACUAUCAGAUUACGACUUUUGGGCCCAGUGUACCAUGCGCGUUCAUUCUACAGCAGUACUGUAAUGCUGGAGACCUCCACCACUAUAUUCUGAACUCGGCGCAGUCAUCUGUAACGACACAGCAGUUGAAAGAGCGCAUGCGUCGGAGAUCAAAAGGCCAGAUCGAUCCGCCAAUUCAACUAAACGCUCCACGGCGGAUGCAGUUCGAGGAAAUAUUUUCCUUCUUCAAGGAUAUCACAUCAGGCCUGAAUCAUCUGCAUUCGAACGGGUACAUCCAUCGCGACUUGAAGCCCAGCAACUGUUUGCUACAUCUCACAGGCCAAAAGCUGAAAGUUCUCGUAAGCGAUUUCGGCGAAGUUCAAGCGGCGAACGCAGCGCGAAAGUCCACUGGGGCAACAGGUACCAUCUCGUAUUGCGCACCAGAAGUUGUGCGGCGCGAGAUACCAGGCGGGCCUCUGGGCAAUUUUUCCACGAAAUCUGAUAUCUUCUCUUUGGGGAUGAUUGUGUAUUUCAUGUGCUUCGGCCGCCUUCCCUACAGCAAUGCGGAUGAGCUCAACGAAGAGAACGAAGACCUUGACGAGCUACGAAAGGAGAUUGCGGCAUGGGCCGGCUUUGACGAUGAGCAGCGGGCUCGCACAGAUUUGCCGGACAAGCUGUAUAAGUUCUUGAAGCGCCUGCUAUCGCUGAAUCCCAGUGAACGCCCAGAUACCGAGCAGAUCCUGCAUGGCAUCAAAGCAGGAUCUGGAUUUGAAGAUCUCAACACGUUUGCAACGUCCAGUGUUUUAGAAGAAAUCGGGCCGCGAAUCUCUUCUGCAGAUUCUCCCCGGUCUUCCCCUCCUAGACAUAUGAGCAGGCAGUCAUCAUCUUCUAGGUUUCUCCCGCCUGGGCCUUCGAAGCUAAGACAAGCGUCUGUUGAGAACCACCGGUCGCCGAGUCCGGAGAAACGGCGCGAUUCGGCAGAUAGUGAAAAGAGGCCGGUGUCACCGGAGUCAAGCGUUAUCCUACGAACACGCCAUGCUGAGCCAAAACGACCAUCCCUCAAUCAGGCCUCCUCGGGCUCUCAAUUACUGCUGCCCGCGCCCACAUCUUACGGUUCGCGCGUGCAGCGCUUCUUCGCAAAUCACACCGUUCUCAGCGGCGCCAGGAUAUCUCUCUUCCUCAUAAAAGUUUUGUCAAUAUCAAGCCUCUGUUCUCCGUUCGCGGCGAAUUCAUGGUUUCAGUAUCCUCUACUGGGCAUAGCAACGCUUGAUCUAGCCUUCCUGAGCGCAUCGCCGGAGCGUUCGUAUCGCGGCCUUUGGGCAUCGGCCUUGUUGCUUAGCGUUCACACCUUAGUGAUCACGCUGGCGUUGAAACGGGGUGCGCUCUGCCUGCGGCAAGAGUUCCCGUGGGACGAGCUAUGA